GAGGAGGGUGGAGGAGAAGAUGGAGGCUGACAGGAAGCUGCUCACGGAGCUGAACUCAGAUCUGAGGAGGAAGGUGGAGGAGCUGGAGGAGCAGAACAAAGUUCGAGCUGUGGAGUUUUCCUGGUUUCAGUUGAGACUGAACGCGAGCGGAAACUCAGUGGACGACCUGAAGGAGAGAUAUUCAGUUCAAGCCGUCAAAGUUUCAUCGCUUGAGUUCAGACUGAUCACGAGUGAGGACGACGUGACGAAGAAACAUUUAGAUCUGAAGAGGAAGCUGGAGGAGCUGGAGGAGCAGAGCAGAGUUCAAGCCAUCAAGGUUUCAUCUCUUGAGUUCAGACUGGACACGAGCGAGAGCUUAGUGGACGACCUGAAGAAGAAAAAUUCAGCUCUGGCAGGGGAGCUGCCGUUCCUGCAGACGAGACUGAGGGCGAGUGAGAGCACCGUGGAACAGCUGAGGAGGAGGAACACAGAGAUCGCAGUCAGACUGUGUAAGACUGAGAGUGUGAUAAAGGAGCUGAUCAGACAGACUUCAGUCGCAUCUUGCAACGGAUCAGCUGAGAUGGAGGAGCUGAAAACGAAAACACGAGCUCUGCAGGGCCGACUGAACUCACUGGAGAAAAAACUGAAUUCAUCUGCAGAGAGAAGCGAGAUCAGCUUCAUACGAGAUCAAGUGUCAGAGAUCAGCAGCAGACUAAACUCCAGCCGCCUUCACCUGGAUGAGCUGAAGAGAAACUCUGCAGAUCAUACCAGUGGACUGCAGUCUGUAGAGAGACACCUGGAGGAACUCAAGACACAAAACACAGUUCAGGCUGAUAACGUUAAACAGCUGCAGGUCAGACUGAACUCUGCUGAGAGUCAAGUAAAGCAGACUGAUAGGACAGAUCAAACCUUGGAAGUGAUGAAUCUGCAGAGAAAACAGAAUAUGACUGAGAGUCAGCUGGACAAAAUGAACGCAGAGUUGGAGGUGAGACUGGGUGUCAGUGAGAAACAACUGGAAGAUCUGAAGACAGAAAACACAGUUCAAUCUGUUCAACUUUCCAUGAUGGAGUCCAAACUGAAAGACUGCAACACUACAGCGUUAGAGGUCAGACUGAGUGCCGGUGAGAAACAGCUGGAAGAUCUGAAGACGGAAAACACAGUCCGUUCUAUUCAACUUUCCUUGAUGGAGUCAAAACUUAUAGACAGCAAUGACACUACAGAGUUGGAGGUAAGACUGAGUAAGAGUGAGAAACAGCUGGAAGAUCUGAAAGCAGAAGACACAGUUCAGUCUGUUCAACUUUCCUUGAUGGGCGUGAGACUAGUUGACAACAACAACACUACAGCGUUAGAGGUCAGACUGAGUGCCAGUGAGAAACAGCUGGAAGAUCUGAACACAGAAAACACAGUUCAAUCUGUUCAACUUUCCUUGAUGGAGUCCAGCCUGACAGAAACUCAAAACAACACUACAGCUCUGGAGGUCAGACUGGGAUCCACAGAGACACAGCUGGAGCAGCAAACUGCGGCUCUGGAGGUCAGACUGAGUGUCAGUGAGAAACAGCUGGUAGAUCUGAAGACAGAAAACACAGUUAAAUCCGUCAAACUUUCCUUGAUGGAGUCGAGACUGACGGAAACUCAAAACAACGCUACAGCUCUAAAUGUCAGAGUGAGAGCCACUGAGACACAACUGGAGAUGCUGGAGAAUCACAAUGAAGUUAUAGAUGUCAGAUUUGGUGCCAAUGAGAAAGAGAUGGAUGAUCUGAAGACAGAAAACACAGUUCAAUCUGUUCAACUCUCCUUGAUGGAGUCCAGAAUGACAGAGAGUCUAAAAAACACUACAGCUUUGGAGGUCAGACUGGGAUCCACUGAGACACAAUUGGAGCAGCAAACUGCAGCUUUGCAGGUCAGACUCGGUGUCAGUGAGACACAGCUGGAGGAUCUGAAGACAGAAAACACAGGUCAAUCCGUUCAACUUUCCUUGAUGGAGUCGAGACUAACAGAAGGUGAAAAAGCUCUGGAUGUGAGGAUGAGAUCCACUGAGACACAACUGGAGCAGCAAACUGCAGCUCUGGAGGUUAGACUGGGAGUCACUGAGAAACAGCUGGAUGAUCUGAACACAGAAAACACGGUUCAGUCUUUUCGAUGUUCCUUGAUGGAGUCCAGGCUGACCGACAUCAACAACAACACUACAGAGUUAGAGGUCAAACUGGGUGCCGGUGUGAAACAACUGGAAGGUCUGAAGACAGAGCUGGAGGUCAGACUGAGUGCCAGUGAGGAACAGCUGGACCAUAUGAAAACACAAAACAAAGUUCAGUCGGUUCAACUUUCCUUGAUAAAUUCCAGUCUGACGGAGAGUCACAACAACACCACAGCUUUGGAGGUCAAACUGAGAUCCACUGAAACACAGCUGGAGCAGCAAACUGCAGCUCUGGAGGUCAGACUGGACGUCAGUGAGAAACAGCUGGAAGAUCUGAAGACAGAAAACACAGUUCAGUCUGUUCAACGUUCCUUAAUUGGUUCCAGAUUGACAGACAUCUACACCAACACUACAGAGUUGGGGCUCAGGCUGGGUGUCAGUGAGAAACAGCUGGAAGAUCGAAAGAUAGAAAUCACAGUUCACUCUGGUCAACUUUUCUACAUAAAGAACAAACUGAUAGACGACCACUACAAGAGUACAGCUCUGGAGGGGAGACUGAGAUCCACUGAGACGAAGCUGCGACAGCUGGAAAACCACACUGCAGUUGAGCUGUCAGGUGUAAAUCUGAGACUGAACGUCAAUGAGGGGCAGGUAGAAGAGCUGAGGACACAUAACACAGACAGACUAUCAGCAGCUGUGAUGGAGACUGAAGCUCACAGCUUUGACCUAUCUGCUCUGAGAAAUGAAACUAAAGUCUUAGAGACACGGCUAAGUGAGGCUGGCAGUCUGAUGAUGAAGCUCCAGACUGAAAGUUCAGUUCAGUCGGUUCAACUUUCCUUGAUGGAGUCCAGACUGACGGACAGACACAACGGCACCUCAGAGUUGGAGGUCAGACUGGGUGUCGGUGAGAAACAGCUGGAAGAUCUGAAGACAGAAAACACAGGGUUGGAGGUCAGACUGAGCGUCAAUGAGAAACUACUGGAAGAUCUGAAGACAGAAAACACAGAUUUGAGCUUCAGACUGAAUGAAACUGAUGACAGUCUACAUCAGCUCAGAAACACCAACUCAGGUGAGCUGAAGGUGGCGUUCUCAGCCGGUUUGACUGAUUCAGGAUCAGUCGGACCUUUCAACGAGGAGAGGACGCUGAUUUUCUCGAAAACCAUCACCAACAUCGGCCAGGCCUACAACCAGACUGCAGGUGUGUUUACGGCUCCGGUCAGAGGACUUUACUUCUUCAGCUUCACGGCUGCAGAUUACCUGAAGGGUUACAUGGGUCUCUACCUGUACAAGAACAACCGGCCAAUCAUCUUCAACCUGGAGCUGAACGACCACGGUGGCUACGCUUCAACGUCCAAUGGCGUCGCUCUGCAGCUGGACGAAGGGGACAUCGUUCGCCUCAGACUGCCGGCGAGUUACCGACUCUACGACGACUCCCGAAACUUCAGCAUCUUCUCCGGCUUCCUGCUGUUCCCCCUCUGACAGAACAGACCCAGGAUCAGGGUACGAGUGAGACAUCUUCUCCGGCUUCCUGCUGUUCCCCCUCUGACAGAACAGACCCAGGAUCAGGGUACGAGUGAGACAUCUUCUCCGGCUUCCUGCUGUUCCCCCUCUGACAAAACAGACCCAGGAUCAGGGUACGAGUGAGACAUCUUCUCCGGCUCCCUGCUGUUCCCCCUCUGACAAAACAGACCCAGGAUCAGGGUACGAGUGAGACAUCUUCUCCGGCUCCCUGCUGUUCCCCCUCUGACAGAACAUACCCAGGAUCAGGGUACGAGUGAGACAUCUUCUCCGGCUCCCUGCUGUUCCCCCUCUGACAAAACAGACCCAGGAUCAGGGUACGAGUGAGACCUCUUCUCCGGCUUCCUGCUGUUCCCCCUCUGACAAAACAGACCCAGGAUCAGGGUACGAGUGAGACAUCUUCUCCGGCUCCCUGCUGUUCCCCCUCUGACAAAACAGACCCAGGAUCAGGGUACGAGUGAGACAUCUUCUCCGGCUCCCUGCUGUUCCCCCUCUGACAAAACAGACCAAGGAUCAGGGUACGAGUGAGACAUCUUCUCCGGCUCCCUGCUGUUCCCCCUCUGACAAAACAGACCCAGGAUCAGGGUACGAGUGAGACAUCUUCUCCGGCUUCCUGCUGUUCCCCCUCUGACAGAACAGACCCAGGAUCAGGGUACGAGUGAGACAUCUUCUCCGGCUCCCUGCUGUUCCCCCUCUGACAAAACAGACCAAGGAUCAGGGUACGAGUGAGACAUCUUCUCCGGCUCCCUGCUGUUCCCCCUCUGACAGAACAGACCCAG